UGCACAAAUGCUCAAUUUUACGGCUGCAUGCGUAUUGGAAGCGGUGACAACUACCUGAAUCCGACGACUUCGGCGAGACUUCGAACCGUGAACUCCUUCUCUUUCAAGUACGGAAAGGUCGAAAUUAGAGCAAAAAUGCCCCGCGGAGAUUGGAUUUGGCCCGCUAUGUGGAUGCUGCCGAGGAAAAACGCUUACAACGGAUGGCCUGCUAGUGGAGAAAUCGAUAUUUGCGAGUCCAGGGGUAACAGGGACUUAUCCAUGAACGGCGUUCAAAUCGGGGAACAACAAAUUUCUCAAACUCUGCACUUCGGUCCCUUCUUCCCAGUGAACGGUUACGAAAGCGCACAUUUCGAAAUCAAUAAUCCUGCGGGAUACGGCGCAGAUUUCCAUCUCUACGGUCUUGAGUGGACUCCCGAUUACAUCAAGCUAUCCGUCGACAACACGGUUACUGGCACGUUGACCCCGACUUCUGACAAGGGUUUCUUCGGCAUCCACCCCUUCGAGCAACAGAUUGACAUGGCCACUGUCGAGCACCCGUGGCAACCGGAAAAGGGUGCAACCAAAAUGGCUCCCUUCGACCAAGAGUUCUACCUGAUCUUGAACGUCGCUGUCGGCGGAACCAACGGAUUUUUCCCUGAUGCAGCGACACCUGGGAAGCCGUGGGCAAACACCAGCCCCGUUGCUUUCAGAGAUUUCUGGAACGGGAGAGCUCAGUGGUACCCGACAUGGCAAGGGGACGAUUCCGCCCUGCAAAUCGACUACAUUAAAGUCUGGUCCAUCUAGGAAAAUCAACAGGACAUCAACCCAAAAUAUGACGAAAAUUUCCUUGAAAUUUUUAAAUUGAGAAAUGAAUACAUCUUUCGAGCAUUUUUUCCAAAACAGCA